AUGGCUAGCUUUGCAACAAAUUGGAGAGACCUAAGCGGCGAGAAAGAGUGGGAAGGUCUUCUGGACCCUCUCGACAUCAAUCUUCGCCGCUAUAUCAUUCACUAUGGUGAAAGGGCUGGAUCAAUAGCUACCGUGGUGACUGAGAAAAAGUCGAAAAACUAUGGACUUCCACGAUACGCAAAGGGAAAUUUGUUCCCAAAGGUGGGUUUGGACAGUGGUAAUCCAUACAAGUAUGUGGUGAAAAAGUAUUUUUAUGCAGCUCAUGCAGAAUUUUCGCCCAAGAAAUCAAACUUUAUAGGUUUUGUUGCGGUGACAACUGAUGAAGGAACUAAACUGCUAGGCAGGAAGGAUGUAUUGAUUUCAUGGAGAGGAACCCAAUUGAAACAUGAGUGGCUUAUUGAUGUGAAGUUCAAUUUAGUCUCAGCUUCUCAAAUUCUGGGAGAGCAGAAUGAUCCUAAGGUGCACAAUGGUUGGUUUUCCUACUACACUGAUGUCGACCCUGUGUCUUCACACAAUCAAGUUACGAGUUCCAGAGAUCAGGCUAUAGCUGCACUUCAAGAAGUACUCAAUGAAUACAAGGCUGAAGAAAUCAGCAUUACCGUCACUGGUCACAGCAUGGGGGCUGUCCUCGCAACUCUAAAUGCAACUGAUAUAGUUCACAACGGUUACAAUAAAAUGGCAGAUCAACCAAACAAGAUCAUUCCUGUCACGGUCUUUGGGUUUGCUAGUCCCUGUCUCGGAAACAAGGGUUUCAGAGAUGUAUUUUCCGGUCUGAAAAAUCUUCACGUCUUGCGUAUAUCAAAUGAAAAAGAUCUAGUCCCUAAUCAACCAGAAACGGGGGACUAUAUUCAUGUUGGAAAAGAGUUGAGAAUCGACACUGUUAAGUCGCCGUUCUUGAAAGUUAUUCCUGAUGUCACAGAAAACCUUGGCGCUUUGCACGACCUGGAGGUUUACUUGCAUGGAGUUGCAGGGACUCAAGGGAUCAAUAGUUCUGCUUUCAAAUUAGAAGUUGAUCGUGAUCUCGCACUUGUGAACAAGUAUACUGAUGGCGUGAAGGACGAGUAUAAUAUAGUUGCUGAGUGGUGGAUCGAGAAGAAUAAGUCUAUGAUCCAAAUGAAUGAUGGCUCCUGGGUGUUGGAUGAUCACGAGAAAGAUAAGAGUCCGGCCAUGAUCUAA